AUGGAAGAAGAAUGGCGGAUUCCUUCUGUCCCACCGGAUCUUGGCCCCGAAGAAACGAUCCAUCGAAUUCUCGAUGCAACACAGCAAUUUCUGAAAAAAACCGACGAGAUAUUCAACCGGGUUGAGAAGCGAGCUAUCCAGCUGGAAGAUCGGAUUGCCAGAACACGAAGUCGGGCUACAAUCAUAGCCGACCGGGUCCAUAAUGUGAAAGAGCUAAAUAAGGCGUUGGUUCUCGAAGCACCUUCACGAUUGGUGGCCGAUGAAUGUCCACUUAGGGAAACAUUGCUAGCAACGACCGGCACCCUCCCCGGCUCAUCAGCACAAUUUUCAGAGCCGUUUGUCUUCAAAAAACCUCCAUGUGAUACGGACCUGAAACGAGCUUUGGAGGAUAAGAAGACGUUCUUCUUGCCAUCACACUUGUUGAAGUCUUAUAAGGAUAAGACAAAGAAAGGUCAAAUGAAGGUGCCGACCAGCUUGAACAGCGUCGCCGACCUCUAUUUUUAUGACACACAACGGGUUGCUUAUGAUAAUGUAAAUCUCUCGCUUAAUCAGCGUCAGCGGCGUUACAGCGGUACUACUGUCAAAACGGGUGAUUCCUUCGGGGUCCCGGUCUCGACGCCAGCCCUGGCUUCUGCUAUUGGCUACCGGGCCCGGGACGAAGAUCCAUUGGCCUAUCGGCCGCAAGCGAUGACUUUGGAGGACAUCGAUUUGCCGAGUAUUUUGCCGGAUCUUCCCGGCGUUGCUGAGGAUAUCUCGUUCUAUGGCCACGACGGCUCAUUUUUCGGCUUCUCCCCACCGCCGCUCCCUGAUUUUGUCGACGUGCCAGACAUUCCUACGAAAACAACAUCAUCCACAGACCAAAAUCCAACGAUGGUUUCCGCUCCGCCACCUCCACCAACAUCAGCCCCCAUGCCGCCCCCACCAGCGUUUUCUGCUCCUCCGCCAGCUAUGUCCACAAUUCCUCCGCCACCUCCGCCUCCUCCACCUCCGCCUCCGCCUCCGCCAGCUUUACGUCCACCACAAACCGCAUCGACACCAGUCCCGGAAGGCGGCAGAGCCAAUCUCAUGGAAGCUAUCCGUGCAGCCGGUGGAGCGGGCAAAGCUCGCUUGAAGAAGAUUGAAAAAGAUGGUGCUGAGGGACAGAAAUCAAGGAGGACCAAAAAGGAAAGCGAAGCCAAGGGCGCUUCCGCGCUACCCCAAGGCGGCCCAGUCGAUCUGAUGUCCGCCCUUUCGCUAGCAUUGAAUGCCCGUCGUAAAUACAUAUCUGGACAAAAUGACAGGACGGAUGAACGGACAGAGUCCACAUCCGCUAGCAACAUUCCGCCACCGCCCGGCGGGGCCAGUGAUGAAGAAUGGGGA